UCAAUUCUGCCUGCCUCUCAUCGUCAUCACUCUCUCCAUAAACCCUCAGCGAGUAGUGCAGAACGAUCAAGCGGAGCGGAAAUGGCGACGACGGCGCGAUCCUUGUCCACUAAGGAGGCUGAUAUUCAGAUGAUGUUGGCUGCCGAGGUCCAACUCGGCACCAAAAACUGCGAUUUUCAGAUGGAGCGCUAUGUCUUCAAGCGCCGAAACGAUGGAAUUUACAUCAUUAAUCUCGGUAAGACUUGGGAAAAACUCCAAAUGGCUGCCAGGGUCAUUGUUGCAAUUGAAAAUCCUAAGGAUAUUAUAGUGCAGUCAGCUAGACCAUAUGGGCAAAGAGCCGUCUUGAAGUUUGCCCAGUACACUGGAGCUAAUGCCAUUGCUGGACGUCACACGCCUGGGACAUUCACAAAUCAGCUCCAGACAUCAUACAGUGAGCCUCGUCUUCUCAUUCUGACAGAUCCACGGACUGAUCACCAGCCUAUCAAGGAAGCAGCUCUUGGGAACAUCCCUACCAUUGCAUUCUGUGACACUGAUUCCCCCAUGCGGUAUGUGGAUAUCUGCAUUCCUGCUAAUAACAAGGGGAAGCACAGCAUUGGUGUUCUAUUCUGGCUUUUAGCAAGAAUGGUUCAACAAAUGCGUGGGGCUGUUGCUCCUGGACACAAGUGGGAUAUUAUGGUGGAUCUGUUCUUCUACAGGGAGCCAGAAGAGGCAAAGGAGAAAGAAGAAGAAUUGCCUGCCAUUGCUGAUUAUACGGAUUAUGCUACCACAACACUUGGUGGUGCUGAAUGGUCUGCAGCCAAUAUUCCCGACAGCCACUGGUCUGGUGAUGCUGCCCCUGUACCUGUAGUUACUGGUGAAUGGACUGCAGAAACUGCUGCAGUUGAUGGUGGUUGGGAUGCCGCAGCUCCACCAGCUGUACCAGUACCUGCCGGAGUAGACGUUGUGCCGGCAGCAACAGGUUGGGAUUGAUGGCAUAUUUUGGAGAUCUCUACUUUUUCCUCUUUCAUAGAAUGUUGAGUUGGUAAAAAGCAUCACCAAAUUUAUAGUUCUUUUUUGUUGCCUGAAUUUUGACUGGUUUUGAUCGUUCCUCAGGCUUCAUGUUUUCAAAUUUAUUUUCCUAAUUAAAUCAUUAUUCAGUUUUUA